AUGGCAGAGCUGAAUCGAGAGUACAGUAACUUCAUCGGCGCCAAAAAGAAGUCGUUGUGUCGAAUGCAAGCGCAGCAUGUGAGUGAAGUUGAUCGGGUCUUGAAACGCAACGCAGAGGAGGAGGCGCGCUAUGUACGCCAUCUGGAGAUGCUUGGAAAAGAGCAACUAAAGAAUGAACGAAAGAGUCGCCUGCGACCGAAGAGUAUGGCUGUUGGUGGCAGCGUUUCGCCCUACAACGAUAUGCACGCAGUACAGCCGGAAUUGGACCUCCUCUACAAGCAAAUUCAAUCCAGUAAUAACCUCAAACUGUGUCAGUGGAAGUACCAAAGGCUGUGCAGUAGGUACAACCUCCAGGUGCGUUCUCCUUCCUAUUAG